AUGCCCUUUCCAUCGGAGGAGCAACAUGCUGCCCACGCUUCCACCUCCGCCCUGGAGGAUCGGUCGACUCUCAUCCAUAGAAGGGCGUCACACUCAUCUCUCCCUGAUGUGAGCGGCGACGAGACGAGCGAUCCUUGCACUUCGCACUCUCUGGUGGACGCUCUUGACCUUGCGACGUCCUUACCGUAUUGGUUUGCCUAUGCUCGAGCGCGCAUGUCCGAUUAUAUUAAAGAUAUGGAGCACCUCGUCUAUGCAAACAAGGCACACAGGAUGUCCAUCCUUGUGCCACUUGAAUAUAUGGAGGCACGCUUUAGUGCAGCUUAUGAUGCCAUGCUUCGCAUGGCGCAGGAAGCAUCCUUUAGCCGGUAUGAGGGCAAGGAAGCAUCGCGCUGCAAGCUUUCGUCCAGCGACGAAAUCAAGCAUCGUAUCCAUGUCCUCGUUCAAGAAUGGGAGCGACGCGCCAUGACAUUGCAACCUACGCUGUUUGCUCGAACUCCAACAUCUGAAUCAAAGACCCAGUCCUCCUUACGCAUGCCAGCCACAGCUGCUUACUUGUCUGAAGAGGUUCAAAAAAGUAUGUCGGCCAUGCGUAACCACUUUCAAAAUGUCACGAUACCCCUGUUGCGCGAUACGUCAUCCGCAUGGGCUCAUGAUGCUCAGGCAUUUUUGCCCGACCGAGCAACGCUUCAUCAUCUGCCCCAGCACGUGAGAGAAACACUUGCCAUGCUUGGUUCGCGCGGCAUGGAAGCUGGUGCACAAAUUGUUCAUGCUGUACAUGAUGUGGAAGAUGCCAUAUACGAAGCUGCAUGUCGGCUGGCCAACAACGGUCGCGAAUUGAUUUCUUAUCAUGCAUUGCCCGAGUUAUGGCGCAACAACGAUUUUAUUGUAACAGGGUAUCGGUUUAUUCCCAAGGACCAAUGGCAUCGUCUCAUUCUGAGCGCAUUUCACAUACACAAUGAGACGGGCAAUAUUCACACUCAUCUGGGAGGCCUAUUCCUAGUAGGUGUUCUGUUUUGGCUCACAAGCUCCCUAGACCCAACCACUACCACGACGAUGGAUCGAUGGAUCGUUACCAUCUACUUAUUCGCUGCAGCCAAGUGCCUGAUAUGCUCUGUUUCUUGGCAUAUCAUGGCAGGAUGCGCAGAUUUACAAUGGUUCACGUGUUUUGCCUGCAUUGACUACACGGGCAUCUCAUGGCUUGUGGCUGCAUCCCUCGAGACGAUUGUAUACAACGGAUUUUACUGCCAGCCUGGCCUAAUUGCGCUAUAUACAGUCGGUGUGAUUGCCAUUGGAGUUAUUAUGUCAAUCCUGCCUUGGUCGCCGUGGUUCAAUGAUAUACGGUACCGUACCAUCCGUAUAACCCUUUUCCUCGGCAUGGCAUGUAUGGGUAUUGUGCCUUUUGUGCACGGCACCAUUUUGCAUGGAUAUGAUAACAUGGCACAAUUUUAUGCCCCUCUGAUUCCUAGCCUGGGCUCCUACAUUGUCGGUGUCGUCCUGUACAGCUUCCGUUGGCCCGAGCGUUGGGCGCCGGGCAAAUUCGACAUCGUCGGCCAUUCCCAUCAACUGUGGCAUGUGGCCAUCGUGCUGGCCAUUUAUCUUCACUUCCAGGCGGUCCUAUCAUUUCACGAAAAUCGUCACGCUUAUAGUUGCGCAGCUGGGUCCACCCCCUCACCUACGCUGGCGCAUAUCGCUGACAUAUUCCACACCAGCCAACAAUGGCUGGUCUUAUCUGCGAAAAAGUUUACCCCAGGCGCGUACUACAUUCAAUAG